CAGUUGCUCGCAUUCUGUUCUCGACUGCCUUUCUUUCUUCUCCCUCGAAAGUUGAAAUUAUAAACAUGCACACUUUUUUGGAUUCAAAGAUGUUACUAUUUUUGAGGAAACAAUAUUAUCUUUUAUAAUAAGGAAACUUUUUUAAAUCAACUCUAGCUGAGAACUUUAGUGGAAAAAUAAAUAGGAAGUGCAAUUGUUGCAAUUUUCAAAGACAAUUGUGAAGAAGACCCUUUUCUAUGCCGAAAAUGAUGUAAUUCAUCCGUUUAGCAUCAAGAAAACGUUUAAUCCCAUUUUUGUCUGUUAUUUACUUUGUUGAUAAAAUGGUCUAUCAGAAUGUAUUGCGCAUACACAAUGAUUCCUGACAUAAAUGUAUAUUUAAAAAAAUAAUCAAUUUUUUAUCUUGAAUGUGUCACGAGAGCCAUAAUUUUUCUAUAGUUUUAAAAACUCUAAUAUAAUUUUAGCAUAACCUCGACAUGUGUCAAAGUUGCGUAAUGGUUCUUAGGUCUACAAAGAAGUAGGUUAGUCGAACUGUCAAACUUGAGAGAGAGUGUCAAAGUUUAUGCGUAUACAUACAUAGUUUGAUAAGAAUUUAAUAUCAACAAAAUCUUUUCGAAAAACUUAAUUUAAUUUUUAUAAUCGAGAAACGCGCAUCAGAAAAAAAAAUGAGGCGAAAGGCGGGAGUGGGUGCGAUACAGAAGCAAAAAUUGGAGCAGGAGAAAUAUCGGGAUAAGAGCACAGAGAUUCAGGAGAAUCAGUUCGAGCAGAUGACGAAGCAUAUGGAGACAUUUCGUGUGAAUUUAGAAGAAUUCGCGUCGAAGCACAAAAACGAGAUAAAAAAGAACGCGCAUUUCCGUCGUCAAUUCACAGAGAUGUGCGCUUCGAUAGGUGUGGAUCCUCUGGCAUCUGGCAAAGGAUUCUGGUCGGUGCUAGGUAUCGGUGACUUCUAUUACGAACUCGCUGUCCAGAUAGUAGAAGUAUGCAUGGCAACAAAUUAUAAGAAUGGUGGCUUGAUAUCACUAGACGAGCUGAGAACGCGCUUGAUUCAAGCCAGAGGACGCAGAAAGGAACAUCAGGAAAUCACAAAUGAGGAUUUGUUAGCUGCCGCAAAGAAGUUGAGGAUAUUUGGAAAUGGCUUUUCUGUUGUUCCUAUUGGUAGAGGAAAAUAUUUAGUGCAAUCAGUACCUGGUGAACUCAGCAUGGAUCAUACUGCAGUAUUACGUCAAGCCAGUUUAUCCACAAAUGCUUAUGUCUCCAAAUCAAUUUUAUGCAAAGAAUUAAGAUGGGAAGAAGACAGAGCGCAGAAAGCUUUGGAUCAUAUGAUGAAAGAAGGACUGGCUUGGAUAGAUGAGCAAAACGAGGAUGAAAUAUUGUAUUGGUUUCCCAGUUUAUUCACAGCUUGCAUCGUCUCCAAAGAAUAAACUUUAUAUUAACCUAUCGACAUAUUAUUCUCAGAUAAGUAGGGAAUAUUUUAAAGAAAAACUAAUAUUGCUUGAGAUUUGUAUCUCUUUAUUAAAUAAAAAAAAAUCACUUGUCCUAUAAUAUUUAUGAGUAUACGAGAUCCAUUAUAUUCAUUGAUUCAUUUUUAUAGUAUAAGACAUUGUCAUCUAGUCUCAAAUC